CCUGUGUGAAUCAUCAGUCUGUCCAGUCAACUGCGGGAGGUUAACACAGCCACCACGCAGUUCUACACUGUAUGCGCUGUUCAAUCAGUAUAGAGCGGGGGAGCUUUUGUGUGUGUGUGUGCGCUUGGGGUGGUGUUACACAGUUAACACGUGAAACCCGACUUUAAAAGCAGCAGCUGUGAAACUGACGGGUCUGGUCAAUUUCACGCGAACUGGAACAUUCCAUGUGUGUGUGUGUCUAUUUCAGCUGCAGAUCAGAAGCAAGGCACCAGCGUGAGAGACAGUCAAGAGAGUACGGGAACCACACACACACAUACACUCACACUCACGAUGGACUUCACUCUGCGCUUCCUCGCUCUCCUCCUCGCCCUUCCUGCGGUGGCCGGCUCCUUUAACGACGAGAGUCCGGUCACCGACGGAUACUGCAACCGGAUCGUUCGUUCUCAGGGCAGCCGGAGGGACGGUAACACCGGAUUCAGCCUCCAGAUCGAAGGGAAUCCCGAAUUCUACACCCCAGGCAGCACGUAUCGGGUCACCCUCUCGGCCACAGUUCCCUCCUAUUUCCGUGGAUUCACACUCAUCGCUGUCAGGGAUGGGGAGGACGGCGACAGGGAAGAGGAAUAUGCUGGCAACUUUCAGAUAAUUGAUCACGAGGACUCGCAGUUUAUGACAAACUGCCCAUAUGCUGUCACAGAGAGCACGCCCAGGAGACGAACACGCAUCCAGGUCUUUUGGACAGCACCCACUGCUGGUUCAGGCUGCGUUAUAUUGAAAGCCAGCAUUGUGCAGAAGCGGAUAAUCUGGUUCCAGGAUGAUGGGGCACUUACAAAGAAACUGUGUGAGAAAGUGCUGGGUGAAGAAUAUGCCACAGAAAAACCCAUCCAGGACUGUUGUGCCUGUGGAACAGCAAAAUACAGGUUAACAUUUUACGGAAAUUGGUCAGAGAAGACACAUCCGAAAGAUUAUCCAAAAUUUGCAACGCACUGGUCUGCCAUCAUCGGAGCAUCUCACUCCAAGUCUUAUAGGCUAUGGGAGUAUGGGGGAUUUGCCAGCGAUGGAGUGAGACAAGUUGCUGAAUGGGGCUCCCCUGUGAAAAUGGAAGAAGAAAUCCGGCAGAAGGGUGAGAGUGUUUUGACUGUCAUCAAGGCAAAGGCUCAGUGGCCUGCUUGGCAACCUCUGAAUGUCCGGGCGGCUCCGUCUGCAGAGUUCUCCGUUGACCAUACACGGCACCUGAUGUCCUUCCUGACGAUGUUGGGUCCCAGCCCAGAUUGGAACGUGGGACUAUCAGCAGAGGAUCUCUGCACCAAGGAUUGCGGGUGGGUGCAGAAGAUUAUUCAGGAUCUGAUUCCCUGGGACGCUGGGACUGACAGUGGAGUGACGUAUCUGGCCCCUAACCAACGGGCAGAGCCUCAAGAAAGAAUUAGACCACUAACUAGCCUGGAUCAUCCAAAAAGUCCCUUCUAUGAUCCUGAGGGGGGCCCUAUCAUUCCUGUGGCCAGAGUUGUGAUUGAAAGAAUUGCAAGAAAGGGGGAACAGUGUAAUAUUCAGCCUGAUAAUGUUGAUGAUAUUGUGGCAGAUCUUAACCAAGAGGAGAAGGAGAAGGAUGAAGAUGAUACUCCAGAAACUUGCAUCUACUCGAAUUGGUCUCAAUGGUCAGCCUGCAGCUCCUCCACCUGUGAGAAAGGGAAACGGAUGAGGCAAAGGAUGCUCAAAGCACAAUUGGACCUAAGUGUGCCUUGCCCACACACUCAAGAUUUUGAGCCUUGUAUGGGGCCGGGAUGUCGUGACGAUGAUGCCUCGACUUGCAUGAUGUCAGAGUGGAUCAGCUGGUCCCCUUGCAGCCUCUCCUGUGGAAUGGGAAUGAGAUCACGGGAAAGAUACAUAAAGCAAUACCCCGAAGAUGGCUCCCUCUGCACACUGCCCACUGAAGAGACUGAAAAAUGCAUUGUCAAUGAGGAAUGCGCAUCGAAUACCUGCUUUGUGACGGAGUGGGGAGAGUGGGAGGAGUGCAGUGCAAGCUGUGGGAUGGGCACCAAGAAGAGGCAGAGAAUGGUCAAGAUGCAUCCAUCAGAUGGAUCUAUGUGCAAAGUGGAAACAGUACAAAUGGAGAAAUGUGGGAUGCCAGACUGUCAGACCAUUCCCUGUAUGCUGACUCUCUGGUCAGACUGGAGUGACUGCAGUGUCACUUGUGGGAUCGGCAUGAGAUCGCGGUGGAGGAUGCUGAAAACCCCAACCGAGGUGGGGGAAUGCAACGAGGAGUUGGAGCAGGUGGAGAAAUGCAUGUUGCCAGAAUGUCCCACUGAUUGCAUGGUCUCCGAAUGGUCAGAAUGGUCAGAGUGCAAUAAGUCUUGCGGAAAGGGACAUGUGAUCAGGACCAGGAUGAUCAAGCUGGAGCCGCAGUUUGGUGGGGCUCUAUGCCCUGAGACUGUCCAACGCAAGAAGUGCAAAGUGCGCAGGUGUUCGAGGAGGCUGAGCGAUGAAAAGAGACGUCGCAAGGAAGCUCCAGAAAGGCAAAGGAAUAAACAGAUGAGGGGAGACCCUGACAUUCCAGAACAUACAGGGUGCAAGAUGAGGCCGUGGACAGCGUGGACUGAGUGUAGCAAGUUCUGCGGGGGAGGCAUCCAGGAGCGUUUCAUGGUUGUCAAGAGAAAAUAUCGUACCUCCCAGAUCACCAGCUGCAAGGACAUGAAAGAAAUCCGCGCGUGCAGCGUUCACCCAUGUUAGGAAGUGCGGCAGACUGCCCUCGCUCACAAAUAGGUGCACUGCUUUUUUAAAGUGACGGAGAAACUCUUUUGCUCUUUCUGACACAGAACCUUUCUGUAUCCCUAACAUUUAUAAAUGUUACAAUAUCACUGUACACACACCUGUACCUACACACUAGCACGCAAGGCAAUUAAAAAGCAAUUUGAAUUGUUUAACCUGUGGUUACGUUUUCUUUUUAAAUUUUUUAUGCACUGGUGUGCAGUGUUUCUUUUUCUUCCUGAAUUUUAAAAUCUUUGCUGUCGUAGCUUUUGGUUGUGAGAAAUGUUUUUUAAAAAUUAAAAAAAGUCCAUUUAUUAUAUGAAAUUUAGAUGCCUUAUCAAAGGAACAUUUGCUGUUUGCUCUUUAGCGGUAAGGAGAAGUAUAAAAAGAAACUUAAUGAAACUUAACACUAAAAAAAAAGGUUUUAUUUUGUCUAUUGUCACAUUUUGUGGUAUCUUUACUGCUGCCCUAGGUGACAGUGUCACAAACGUGUAUUCGACCAAAGUCUUUGUGCGAAUUUUCAGAAGUUCUUCGGUGUUGUUAUUUUUUUCUUUGUUGAAAUAUUAAUCGGUACACUGAGUGUGAGAGCGAGUGUGAGUGUGAACGAGGUCAAAUAGUACAAGGCACGCUCAGCCUAUUUUACCAUUUGUAAAAAAAAAAAUAAGAAAAAAAAAGAAAAAUAUAUAAUUUUGAUGAUGUAUUAACUUGUCCGGUUACCAUGUUUGACAAUAAAAUAAAAUGGCAAUAA